CGGUACAGCCACUUAGAGAAGAUGACAGAUUUGGUGGCUGUUUGGGAAGUAGCUUUAAGUGAUGGUGUUCAUAAGAUUGAAUUUGAACAUGGGACCACUUCAGGAAAACGUGUUGUCUAUGUUGAUGGAAAGGAAGAAAUAAGAAAAGAAUGGAUGUUUAAAUUAGUGGGUAAAGAAACAUUCACUGUUGGAGCAGCCAAAACAAAAGCUACUAUUAACAUUGAUGCAGUCAGUGGCUUUGCGUAUGAAUACACUUUGGAGAUCAAUGGCAAGAGCCUCAAGAAGUAUAUGGAGAACAGGUCAAAAACAACCAAUACUUGGGUACUGAGCUUGGGUGGUACGGAUUAUAGGGUCGUUCUAGAAAAGGACACUAUGGAUGUGUGGUGCAACGGUCAAAAAAUGGAAACAGCGGGUGAAUUUGUAGAUGAUGGGACUGAAACUCACUUCAGUGUUGGUGAUCACAGCUGUUGCAUUAAGGCUGUCAGUAGUGGAAAACGAAGGGAAGGAAUUAUUCAUACCCUUAUCGUGGAUGACAGAGAAAUCCCAGAGGCUGUGGAGUAGCCUCUAGUUAACUGAUUACUGUAGGACUAAGAUCAGGAAUUUUCAAUUACUGUGGUAAUUAUUUUUAUAUGUACUACUUGGUACAUCUAGUUUGUGCUGGGUUUAUUUUCUAGUUUCUGUAUAUGAAAUUAUUCUUUUUGAGGACCAGAGGAAAAUAAUUAUAUAUAACCUCUUACAUGACCAGUUUUUAAAUAUAUGUAUAUAUAUAGAAUAUAUAUUAUAUCAUUAAGU